AUGAAGGCAGAAUCUAAUGAGCUAUCUGAAGGUCAGAUAGUUAUUGAUGGAGAGACAGAAAUUGAUGAUUUGUUAUUAGCAUCCAAGUUUGCAGAAUUAGAGAAUUAUAAGUCUGCAUCAAUCCUGACUGGAAUAGAAUCUUCUAGAGGUAGGAAACCACUAAUUGAAAAAUCAUCUGAAGAUGUUGAUAUUAUAUUAACAGAUGAGGAGUGUGAUAAUUCCGAGGAUGAUGGUUAUGAAUCAAGUGAAAAUGAAGAUAACGAGAUUAAGGAAUUAAUUAGAAAAGAAAUGAUUUACCGACACAAGACUUUUGAAAAUCAGGAAUGUAAAUAUGAGAUUUUGGGUGAGAAGUUAUCUGAUAAUUAUUUGGCUCAGUUUGGUAUUUCUUUAGAUAAAAAUAAGGAGACAAAGAAUACAUUAUCUGAUAUAAGUGAAUGCGAAAAUGAGAUGGCAGAAUCAGAUGAUGAGAUUAUUAAGAAGGAACAUCCAAGUAAUAUAAACAAGGACUCCCACUUAGAAAACUUUGAAGAAAAAUUAAACUGGUUACCAAACAUUGAGAUCUUAGAUAUGCCAGAAAAAGUGGAUAUAAAUCUUCCUUGUGAAUUUGUUGGAGAGAUCUACUCUAUAAUUAAUGAUGGAGCAAUAUUUGGUAUGGAAGGGAUUUUUAUAGUAAAAAGUGAUCCAUCUACUAUAAUGUUAGACCUGGGAUCUGUAUUAUGUUUGGAGGAUAAAACUAUAAUAGGAACAAUCAUUGAUACUUUUGGUCCUAUUACAUCUGCAUUUUAUGUCUUAUCUAAACAAAGUAAUGUUGACAAUAACCUUCUCAAAGUAGGUACUAAAAUAUAUUGUGAUCGCAGACAUUCCACUAUAUUAGGUAAAGCUGGUAAAAUACAGUGUAGUUAUCUUUCUAGUACAAAUACUGGAAAUAAAAAAAGUCAACUAUUUAGUACAAGUACUUCAAAAUCUCCUUUCUCUAAUAAGGACUUUAAAAAAGACCCUAAAAUUAAUCAUCCAAACUCUUCAAAUUUCAAUAGCAAAGAUGAAACAUCUGUUGGAUCUGAAAUCGAGAAUGGGGAGGUUAUUCCUGAUGACUAUGAUGAAGAAGAUGAAGGACAAGAGGAGAGUGGUGAUGAUAUAAGUGUUGGUCUAAACGAGGUUUUAAUCAAAAAAUUUGUUGAAAAGUAUGAUAACUUGAGCCAUAUUCAAGAAUCUGCUGUUGAAGAUUCUAUUACAAAUAAUUCUUUACCUAAAAAACAUAAAGAAUUUCAAAAAAAGCUUAAUAACCAUAAUCAAGGUUACCAUCAUAAAAACAAAAACAAUAGAAAACACUCAAAUCAGAAUAAUAUUAAUUUUUCGGGUAGAUCCCAAUGUAACAAAGACAGGAAUUUUAAUAGAUUCAAAUCAUUUGGAAGCGGAAAUAUGUAUCCAAAAAAUUCAUUCUCUAAUUUUGAUUCAAGGUUUGGAAACAUUAAUCACCAAAACAACACAACAAAGCAAAAUUUUGGAAUGGAAUAUAGAUACAAUCAAAAUAACAACUUAUUUCAGAACCUUCAAAAUAACUAUUCGCACUUUCCCUAUGCAAACACAAACAGUACAUUCAAUAUACAAGAGAUUCAACAAAAUAGGGAACUCCAAUUCUAUAAUCAUCAUAAUAGUGGCUCAAAACUUCCCGUUUCUUUCCAUUCUCAGUCUCAAACACACCAAAUGUACCCAAAUUCCAGUUCUAAUCCCCAUCAUUAUUCUCAAUAUUAUCAAAAUACUGAUGGAGUUCAACUACAACAUACACAAUUAUCUUAUCAAAAUAGAAAUACAAACCAAAUUACAACAGGUUUUGAAAGUAAUCAAUACUCAGUAAAUAAUCAAUAUAGUCAUGGAAAUGGAAGUGUAGGUAGUCAAUACAUGUAUAAUAAUACCGGAUGUGAAAGUGGCAACAGAAGUGUAAAUUACAUGGAUAUCGGCCAUCCGGGUUCGAUUCCCACAUGGGCAAACUUUCCAUGUAAUAAUGGGAACAAAUACUCGACUAGGUAA